UCUGCCUUUGGUUAUUUUAUAUGUGUUAGGCUUUGCCUUGAUUGAAGCAACUGAUGAAAUGAAAGCAUUUCACAAAUUAAGCUUUUAUUAAAACUGAUCUGCAUAGAAGGAAUUAGUGAGGCGUAGUUUUCUUUCUCAGUCAGAACAGGAAAUAUUAAUAUGGAAAACGGUGCAAAUUUUACAUUCAUCAGAUUGACUGGAUAUCUUAACUUGAAUUUCAAGAUGAAGUACUUCUUGUUUGCUGUCUUGACUGUGCUGUAUUCAACAAUCAUCUUCGCCAACAGCUUUCUUAUCGGUGUUAUUUGUUUAGCAAAAAUCCUUCAUAAGCCAAUGUACAUGUUUCUCUGUAGUUUGUUUGUCAAUGAACUGUACGGCAGCACGGCUUUAUUUCCUUCACUCCAAGUUAAUCUGCUUUUAAAUGACAACACUAUUUCUCUAGUUUAUUGUUAUUUACAGAUAUUUUGCUUGUGCACAUAUGCAAUGAUAGAAUUUUGUAACUUAGCAGUCAUGUCUUUUGAUAGAUAUGUGUCGAUCUGUUAUCCAUUACAGUAUAACAGAAUCAUGACUCCUUUUAGAGUGGGUUUGUUAAUUGCCUUGGUGUGGAUCUACUGUUUCAUUGGAUUUUUUAUAUUAUUAUCUUUUAAUUCGAAGUCGCAACUGUGUGGAAAUGUAAUGGAGAAAGUUUGGUGUGACAACUACUUAUUUGUGAACCUUGCAUGUUCAAAAUCCUCUUUGCAUAAUGCUUAUGGCAUUUAUCUAACUGUGAUGACGGCAGUGAUUCCAUUAGCACUCAUUUUCUAUUCAUAUACAAGAAUUAUCAAAAUUUGUUUGAGUUUUUCUAAAGAAGCUAAGAAGAAAGCUCUAAGCACAUGUACACCACACAUUAUAUCUCUGUUAAACUUUACAUUUGGCUGCUUCUUUGAAACACUUCAAAGCAGGUUUGAUGAAAUCAGAACGCCUGCUCUGAUACGUGUAAUUGUUUCACUAUAUCUCUUGAUGUGUCAACCACUGCUUAACCCUAUUUUGUAUGCAGUAAGACUGAAAAAUAUUAGACUAGUAUGUAAAAACUUGGUUCUAUCAAAAAUAGGUAUUGCAUAAACUUUUUUUAUCAUUUAAGAACUGUCAUUGUGGUAUUUCAGUGUUUCAGAGAUUAAGCU